AUGUGGGCAGGGUCUCGCGUUGCACCUCCUUGCUGGCACCGGGUGGGCGGGGCCUCGCUCUGCACCUCCUCCUCGCUGGCGCCUGGGCGGGUGGUUCGUGUUGGCCGCGAUAUGGCUGCGCUGGUGGAACCGCUGGGUCUGGAGCGGGGUAAGCGCUCCCGUGGCAGGUCAUGGUGGGCGGGGCGCGACCUGCGGUCUGUGGGCGUGGGAGGGUCUGGGGCGGAGCGCCCCAAGAACACCCCGUCUGGGGUUGGGGGUUCAGGGGACCCGCUGGCCGUGUCGAAACGCUUCCAGCCUGACCUCGGUCGCCCUUCCUGCUGCCCUCGCGUGCCUUCGUGGUCCCCACUGCAUUCUGCAGACGUGUCCCGGGCCGUGGAGCUGCUGGAGCGGCUGCAGCGCAGUGGAGAGCUGCCCCCGCAGAAGCUGCAGGCCCUGCAGCGGGUCCUGCAGAGUCGCUUCUGUUCUGCCAUCCGCGAGGUGUACGAGCAGCUCUAUGACACGCUGGACAUCACUGGCAGUGCCGAGGUGCGGGCUCACGCCACAGCUAAGGCCACAGUGGCUGCCUUCACAGCCAGUGAGGGACAUGCACAUCCCAGGGUCGUGGAACUACCAAAAACUGAUGAGGGUUUGGGCUUCAACAUCAUGGGUGGUAAAGAGCAGAACUCACCCAUCUAUAUCUCUCGAGUCAUCCCUGGAGGUGUGGCAGAUCGCCAUGGCGGCCUCAAGAGGGGAGACCAGCUGCUGUCUGUGAAUGGUGUGAGUGUGGAGGGCGAACACCACGAAAAGGCAGUGGAACUCCUGAAGGCCGCCCAGGGCUCAGUGAAACUGGUGGUUCGAUAUACCCCUCGGGUGCUGGAGGAGAUGGAAGCCCGCUUUGAGAAGAUGCGAUCUGCCCGUCGGCGCCAGCAGCACCACAGCUACACGUCCUUGGAGUCUCGAGGCUGAAAUCACAGAGCAGGACCCUCCUUCCUUGUACAGUAUUAUUUAUUGUUACUUGCACCUUAUUUAAAGAUCAUUAACCCUCA